AUGGCGCCAAGAUUCCGUGCCGACCAGGUGGGAUCUCUCAUCCGGCCGCAAGCCUUGCUAGCUUUGCACAAGACCGCCUCCGAAGGCAUACCUCUUGCAACUACUUCCAGCGAAGAAACUAAGAUGAACCUUCAAUCAGCGACAGCGAAGGCCAUAGCAGAUGUUGUGCAGAAGCAGUUGGACUUAUGCAUCCGUCCCAUCACCAGCGGAGAGUAUGAGCGAUCGGUGUUCUACGAGGGGUUCUUCGAGAAGCUUCGUGGAAACGAGCUUCGUAAUGUUCGUGUACCGGAAGACUUUCGUCCUAAUUUACCGAUCUCCGAGAGCUUAGUGAAGGCUGGAAUACAGGAAACGCCGGCAAGUAUUACUACGGGAAAGAUUGAGCACGUGGAGCCCGCGUAUUUGCAUGUUUGGGAGAUGUUGAAGAAGGGUGUGCCGCAAGAACACUGGAAAGACUGCAAGAUCGCGUUGCCAUCACCUACAUGGCAGCAUGUUUGGCUCUCGAAGGGCCGGACAUAUUCUUCAGACGUUUAUUCCUCAGAUCAAGAAUACUUCGCCGACCUAACUGCUGCUUAUCGAGCCGAGAUCAGGAUACUCUACGAUGCAGGUCUGCGAAACUUGCAGGUUGAUGAUCCGCAAUUGCUGUACUUCAUCUUGGAGAGCUUUACGGACGGCCUUCGAAGCGAGGCAGUUGAUCCGUCUGAGCUGCUCGAUACCUACAUAUGGGCUCUUAAUGAGGUCGUGAGGGACCGUCCCGAGGAUCUGUAUGUUGGCGUUCACAUUUGCAGGGGCAAUAUCCCUGGCUCGAAUACUGGUGUCUUGGAAGGUUCAUACGAAAGUAUCGCGGAGAAGCUAUUUCGAGAGCUCGAUUAUGAUACUUUCUACCUCGAGUUCGAUGAUGCUAGAUCUGGCUCUUUCGAACCGUUGAGAUUUUUGCCUCAGGGGAAAACUGUCACUCUCGGUUUGAUCUCCACUAAGACACCAGAACUAGAAGACUUGGAUGAGUUGAGGAGGCGUGUUCAAGAUGCGGCUACUGUUAUCGCCUCUGGGCAAAAGAGAACGACGGGAGAAGUUCUUGAAGACUCAUUGGCGGUCAGUCCUCAAUGCGGUUUUGCGAGUGCUCACCAUGGGAAGAAUGUUGGGUCCGAGGAGCGGAUGUGGGACAAGCUGGUGCUCGUUCGUGACUUGGCAAGAAGCAUAUGGUCAGGCUCUUCCUAA